AUGUAUUUUCUCAAGCAGGGCAAUGACCAAGAGCAGCUUCAGGAACCUGAAAGCCUUGACUGUAAAGGAUGGCGGCAGAGAGAGAAACAGCCAGAUGGCGAGAGCUGUAAGAGAGGUGUCGAUAAGACGAUCACGUAUGCAUCUCUAGAACUGCGCCGAAAAGCGCGCAGGCCUUACGCAAGAGGGCACGCUCCAUUCAUCUGGCGGCGGGGCCGUACGAGCGGCGUUCGGCGCGGCGCUGCGGGCCGCUUAUUGGUAAACAGCACGUGGUGGCGCCGGCGGUGGUGGGGUGGCGUCGCGAAGGGAGUACGUCUCGCGGCCCACAGACAGCCUCCGCAGCAAUCCGCCGCCGCCCGCCGUCGCCGCAGCACGCAGACGCUCCGCAUAGCCGCCGCAGACCUCCCGCAGACCAGCCUCGCCUCUUCCGCUCUGCUCCGACACUCGCCCGACAUGAAGCUGCACGUCGCCGCUUUCCUCGCGCUGCUGCUAGCCGCCUUCCUCAGUGAGGGCGGCAGCGCGCCGCGGCCGGACCCGCGCUGGCUGUGCGAGAGCCUGCGCUGCCCGCCCGUCGUCUCCCCCGUCUGCGGCGUCGACGACACCGGCGAGCUGCGCACCUUCCGGACCGCCUGCCACAUGGAGCUCGCUCUCUGCCACGAGAAAAAGUACUUCGUGAUGCUGAAGCCCGGCGAAUGCUGACGCAGAUGAAGACACGGACCAUCAUCGUUAUUUAUUACGCUAAUUGCCAGCAUGACAAUAAGAUAUAUUUAUCCCAUAUUUCAUGCAAAUACUAUCAUUAUAUUUUCUAUUAUUAACAUUUGUAUUUAAUAAAUAAGUAUUUUUUAA